UUAACUGUUUAAAAAAAAACUUUUUAAAACCAUAUGUAUUAAUAUUUUAUGUAAACAAAUACUUUUGAAGAAUAAUGUUUAAAACUUAAAAACCAUGAGAAAAAUCUUUAUUUUACUACAAUUAAUUAUCUACGCGCAAGUGGCAAUAAAUGGUGGUCCAACUGCUAAACCCACUCAAGCAUCAAAACCCCCUUCAAAACCCGUAACACAGAAACCUACUAUACCUAGUAAACCUAGUAAACCUAGUAAACCUAGUAUACCUAGUAUACCUAGUACACCUAGUGUACCUAGUAUACCUAGUACACCUAGUAUACCUAGUACACCUAGUGAAUCUAGUACACCUAGUUCAUCUAGUGAUGAUGGUGAUUUUACUGUUUCGACUCCACAUCAACAUCAUAAAUCUACUACACCUGGAGAUCUGCCAGACUUUCAGUUUUUUGAAGACAACAAAUAUCCAUUCUUGGUAUUUAUUCACGUGAAACUUCCAAAUGGUUUAAGUAGCAAUUGCGUUGGUACUUUGAUAGAACCACUAAUAGUGUUGACUUCUGCACAUUGCACUUACAAAAUUUCCCCAAAACAUAUAAUGGCGUACAAUCUUUUUUAUGAUGACAAGCACAAGCGUCAUAUUGACCACGUAUAUCAACACAAAUCAUAUUCUGAUCGUAAACAAGACCACGAUGUUAGCAUAUUGAAAUUAAGAAGUGCAUUCAAAGAUGACAACCAUCACCUCAUAGAAUUAUCUGGCAGUCCUGAACAAUUUGUGGGUCAUAAUGGAACAGUGCAUGAUUGUUUGGUUAUUGGAUUUUCUACAGAUUCCGAAGGGCCAAGAAGAGUUUAUGGACAAUAUUUAGGAUAUAGCACUACCUUAGAUGCAUUGCACGGUCCUGAAAUGUGUCCAAGUAGAGUGCAUGAAUUAUUAUGGAAAAAAUGGUUAUGUUCACGAGCGGAUGAAGAAAUUCACUUUUUAAGUAACCGUGGAAGUCCAUUAAUAUGUGGUGGAUAUCAAUAUGGAUUAUUUAGCUACACCUUUAACGGAGUAGGUGACGAUGGUCCUCCUGGUCCCGCUAAAGAAAAUUAUUAUGUAUUCAUACACUAUUAUAGAGAUUGGAUAGCCAAAACUAUUAAGAAGAGUACAGGAAACCUAAUAGUACCAAAUAAUAAAUUGUUCAAUAUUUCAAUAAUGAUUUUGGUAUACAAUUUCUUUUGAAAAAAUUAAAAAUUUCAUAAUAUAUAAUUAAAUAAACUUGAA